AUGAGCGCAGCAGAUCUGGGGAAGAGGUUGCUGGCGGAGGUUGAAGAAGUUGGCUUUGAUGAGUGCAUGCAGGAAACUCAGAAUGCGACGUCUAACCUUCAAAGCUCUUCGCCCAUGAUCGAGAUCACUUCGCAACGGCCAUGCAGCGGCAAGACGAAUCUAAUGUACCAUAUGAUUACCACAGCUGUGUUGCCCUUCAAUCUCGGAGGCAGACAAGCGGCCGUCAUUUUCCUGGACACGGACAAUCACUUCUCCGCCACUCGCCUCGCUCAACAGAUGCGCAAGACGAUUGUAACGCACACCAGGGAAGAAUUCACCGACGAAGAGUCACUAUAUCAAACUUUAGAAGACAGCCUAAAGCACGUUCACGUCCUCCGCCCACAAUCGCUAUCCGCUCUGAUCACAACUCUUAAUAGCCUUUCAGACUACCUCUUCGACCCCACAAGACACAAAUCUUUCGACCGAGCAAUCAGCUUCAUAGCUCUGGACUCAGCCUCAGCAUUCUACUGGCAAUUUCGUGCCGACGCCGAAAACGCAGCUCUCCAAGCAUCAUUCAAAACGAAAGACUCUACAACCAAAGUCCAACAACCGACUGGAUACAUCCAGCUAGCGGCCUCACUGAAGAACGCAUCCCGAAUCCUCUCAGCUACCAUAAUCUACACAACCCGAGAUUUCAACCCUCCUCAAAAAUCCCCAGGCGGCCACUCGUCAGCAUUCUUGCUACCAGAAUCUCACUCAAUCCGACCAUCUUUACCACCGCCUUGGCCGAAUCUCGCUACUCUUCGAUUGAUUAUGAACGAACAUUACAAAACUUGA